AGGACAGAAAUAUAGAGAGGUAGCGUGCGCCCGUCGGAGGGACGACAACGGCGCGCAUCGAUUGGCGCGCUAGCCGUGACCCCCACCAUGCUUUCGCUUUCACCCAAUGGGGCCUCACUUUCGCGCUCGCCCGCGCGCCGAGCCACGGCAGCCGGCACGCUGUCGUCGCCGGCGCUCAGUGACUGGUGCACCCUACGUGCGAGCAAGUGUUUUUCGUCGUGGACUCUCCGUGUGGCACGAGAGAAAAAGAAAAGAGAAGGAAGCGGAGCCUCGGUGUGCGUGUAGGUUUUGUUGGAUCCGUUGUGUCGUCGUCGUCGUCUCUUUCGUUUGAGCGAACCAGGGAACGCGUCACGGAACUUCGAUCGAAAAUUGCGUUCCACGCUGCGCGCGCUCUGCGCCGGUGACCCUGACAUUCGACGGACGAGAGCGAACCGACACAUUUGCCCGACCGUGUCGGUUAGAGAAUAAUCUUUCGUACGAUAUCGUUGGACACCGAGUAUCCGAGGCCUUCGUCGACAAUAUACGCAGUUUCGAGCACGAACAGUCAUCGAGAGACUUAGACUUUGUCGAAACUACCGCGACGUGGCGUCGCGGAACCACGCUGACCUUGACUUUGUUGCAUGAAACACAUUGCGACGCCACGACCGAAAGACAGAUUCUUUCCGAAAUCGAGUCGCGCUCAUUAUUUACAGUGAUAUUUCUUAUAAUCGUGCUUGGAGUGACCAUUACUUCUGUUUUUCACAAAUUCUCCGUGUCGAGAGGAAAGAACAUCAGCGAAUGACACUUAGUUCCAGCGUGUGUUCGUUCUAUCCCUGAUCACCGAUCGAACCGGCGCGAUUUUUCUCGUUGUGGUGCGCGCCUUUUUUUCUUUCAGUACCAGAUACAUCCGCUGCGUGUCUCUGCAAUUUACUGCGCGCCACUUGGCAAACCAUCAAGAAGCCACUCAUUGAAUGGAUGUGCGUGUGACGACGCAACCGAGACGCGGGAAAUGCGUGAAGAUGGAAGAAUAGAAUAACCGAAGCGUAACGUGAAAGAAACGAAGUUGUAUAACGGUUAGCCGUGCAGAAGUUUACCUCUGAUUAGCUACUUUGUCUACGACCGGAGUGUCACUUAUCUAGUUUCCCUAGAAUCGAGAAAACACGAUACGAAGCGUUGGUUUGUGGUUCACAACGGUGUACAACGAGUUGGAAGAGACGGGCCGGUUCGUAAGGGCGGGUUUGACAUCGAUCCGUGAGGAGGAAGUGAUGGCACCGCGGCGUCACGCGAACGGCCACGCUGGUGUACUGAUGGAGAACGGCGGAGGAGGAGCCGGUGGCGGUGGUAUAAACGACACGAUGGAGAACAACCUGCUAACACAGAAUCAGACGACCCGUUGCUGCACGCCUACCGGCGAGUGCCUCCGGGGUGACGCUUUAAUUCGCUUAAACGCUCUACACGACGCGGUCAAGGUGAUGUGCAACAACGAUAACUGCCCGAUCGGUCAGUUCAUGCAUCGCGAGUGUUUCGACGCCUGGGAGCAAACCGUGCUUACGUAUUUGAAGAGUUGCGGACGCGCCCGUAGCUGGUCCGAGCGACAGCGCCAUCAGAAUCUUUGGACGAAAAAGGGUUACGAUCUGGCCUUUAAAGCGUGCGGCUGUCGUUGCGGACGUGGACAUCUGAAGAAAGAUCUCGAUUGGAUGCCACCGGGAACCGGGAACGUUACUGGUAACAGGCAAGACGAGAACGAGGCGAAGAAGAAGAAACGACGCAAUCGUCAGAAUACCAGACCUACUUUAGCCGUUUCGGCUGGACCGCCGAGCCACGGAAAUCACGUUUCGACGAAUGGUCGCGGUCCAACCGAGGCACAGUUGAUCGAAUCCGGCCGUGGAAGGGCUGGCUCACUCUCGUCCAGCACUGGUUCCAGCUCACCACCGGCCACCAGCGAACCCAGCGUUAGCCCCCUUCAUCAGCCCCAGGUCAUCAUGAAGAAGAAGAGCAAGGUUGAUUUCUUUAGUGAUCGAGCUCGGCAAAGUUGCGGUGCGAAUGGAAUCUUCUCCCGUCGACUGGAUUUCAGCGCCUUCAACAGCCUGCCACGUACUAAACUCAACUCCUAUCACAUUAAGAUGGAAGACGAGGGCAAUCAUGGCAACGAUGAUACCAGAUGCUUCAUCCUGUCGACGCUGGCCGCGCUACAAUGGUCCAGAGUUUCCUGCGUCCUUUGUCGAGCACCCAUGCUCGUCUUCGACAGGUAUCCCUUGGUGGAUGGUACUUUCUUCUUGUCACCCAGACAACACUCGUCCGCCUGCGCGGAGGUUAAGGUCGAAGGUCGCACGCAAUUUUUGUCCGCUGUGUGUAUGAGCUGCCUGGAAGGCAGCGGUGGCCAACCCGUACGUUGUCGUUGCUGUACUCAGCCGUGGGACGGAUCUAGCUUAGUCCUUGGUACAAUGUACAGCUACGAUAUUUUCGCUGCCAUGCCUUGUUGCACCGAGCGACUCAAGUGCAACAGCUGCCAGAAGCCACUGAUCUAUCCGCACCAGCGGCUCAAUUUCUACUCGGACUACAGCCGCGUAUUCGCGUGUCCGCAUUGCCGAGCCGUGGACGCCCACUUCGUAAAACCGCUCUCAAUCUGCUUCACCCGCGAGCAGUUUCAGCUUUAUAGCCAGUGGCCGUAACCAUUAGGGAACUUAGCUAACCGGCGUCGAAGCAUCGCGACUGACCCGUGUCCCCUCUUCUUCGAUCCAUUGAUCUCCCUGCUCCGGGCGACUUUACUCUAGAUCAUCCCCCCACCCCACGCUUAUCAGAUCGUUUUAAUUCUUUUCUGUAAACGAUUAUCAUCCACCUGAAGAAGAUAACGACGACGAAGAAGAAAAGAAGAAGAAGAAGGAGAAGAAGACGAAAAAUGCGAGAAGAAAGCAACAGGAGCGUGAAAAAUCUCAGGCUCGGCACUUCGCUUUUUCUACGCUCUUUUAUUCAUUUUUCUCGGCAAGAACGAGUUUUCUUUUCUGUUUUUACAAGAAACGAUCAAUUUUUAGUUUUUCAUUCGAGCGUUCCGAUUUUCGGGAACAUUGCCGAUGUGUUUCCAGUUAUCAAUCGAGCGAGUCAAGAAAAUGAUUUUCUCUUAUGUUACGUACGAACGUGUCAAGAUCUUGCCGAAAUGUCGAUUAACCUGAGAUCGAGAGUGUAAAGCGGACGUGUAAGGUCAUUACCGACGAGUUCCCGUAGCAGUGAUAACGUUUAAGGUUCUUUUCUUUCUCAAUGUCGAUAUAGUAGGGUUUAUCUAUGUUAAUUCAAUGCGAGGGACGAGGGAAUCCGUGUACUUGGGCCACAACGACUAGUUCAUCCCAUCGAUCGACAUGGGUACCAACGCAUCUCGACGGCGUAUCGAUCGAUUCGGCGGAGUUUCAACUCUUGGCGAAAAUUCGAGCCAAGGGGAUUAUCGUCAGUAUUAUUGGUAAGAUUAAUUAACAAAUCCCAGAACUGGAGUACGUUUCUGGUGGAAUUGAUCUUUAAGUUAGCAAAAGUUUGCGUAGGAAUCCACGUUUAGUAAAACGCGCGUGAAUUUCCUUCAUUUUCCUUUUCUUUCGUUCGUCUUUACGUGUCUUUACAUGAUUCUUCGUGUUCUAUUGGCAGAGAUACGAUUAGUCGAAUUUAAAUGCGAGUCAAAUAUCAUAGCGAAUAGAAUAGGCGUAUGUAUAAAGGAAAUUAGCCGUUCGAGGAAAUCUUGUUAGCUUUAGGAAAGUCGAACAAUUAGGUUUAAAAUGGUCGAACGAGAUCGAUACGUCGUCGAUUGUCGUCAGUUACCGCGUUUCGAAUCCAGCAGCGAUUUUUUUAUAAGAAUCGUCCCUCGUAUCCCAUAGUUGAAUUGCGUUAGCUGAAGGGAUAGAAGAAGAAAACGAAGAAAUAAAAAUUACGAAUUGCAGAUAAGUAUAGAUCGAGAUACGCAGAACGCUAAAAAGAAAAAGAAAAAAAAAAUGAUCUAUCUUUCCUGUAUAUUACGUAGGUAUGUAUAAGAAACAAACAUAAAAAAGAAAAAAAAUAAGAAAAAAAGAAAAAAGAAGAAAAUGGUCACUUCGAAACGAAAAGGGGGAGAGAUAAUGAACUAUCGUUUGUUACUUAGAUAAUCGAGAACGUUGUUUUUUUUACAUUUUAUUAGUUUAUACGUUUAUGGCGGCCAUGUUGAUUUUGUUUAAGGAUCUACGACUCAUUCGAUGGGUUUUCACGUUGAACGGCCGGGCGCCCAGCGAUCUUCCGCCCUCGAGACCAUUCUCUCUCCCUAAAUUUCGAUCCUUUAACUUCAUCCUUAUAUAUUUCGCUCCCUUUUUCGAUAACUCGAAACGUACGACUGGUUUACCACAGAUGAAAACAGAGCCUCGUUUACUCUCCUCGAUCCCCUAAUACUUUUCCCUCCUUCUUUCGUUUCAAUUUCACAACGUUGGAAAUACUCCCGAAGGGUGGUCGAAAGCCAUGGGCGCCCAAAGUAGCCAGUGUAAAUACGUAAUUAAGUGGGAGAGAACGAGAGGGAGAGAGAAAAAAAGAGAAGAACGAACCAUAUGCAGGUUCGUUCGUGAAAGCCUGUGAAAGAAUGGUACAGAACGUAAGCGAGAAAGGACGAAGCGUCUGUAAGAGAGAGAGAAAGAGAGAGAGAAUACGAGAAUGGAUGACAGCGUGAAAGAAGGGAGCGAAGAAAAAAAAAGAAGAAAUAAAAUCUUCGUUUUUCUGGCGAUGCUGGUCGUUGCUGUCCAUCAAUAGCGGCCGUCCCACAAACAGAAGACCGCCCACCGUUUUCCCAAGGUAGUAUAGUCGAUCGUGUACCUUCUUUACGUUAUUUCAAUUUAAAAGUAUACUUAAUCCAUUCGUACGCCGGGAAGUAUAUUUAGGAGAUUUCUAUAUUGUCCCGUACAGGUUUUUAGCGAGGACCCCGUGAACCCCGUUGCCUGACGCCUUUCACGAACCAUUUUCUCGUCUUCGUUGCUCGAUCUCGCCACGAGAUUCUUUUCUCUUCGUCUGAUAGCGCGAGAAUAUAUACGAAGAAGGAGAAAAAGAAGGAGAAGGUUGUUUCGUCUUUUACGUGCUUUUCUUUCACUUUUCUUCGUUCGUUCGAGAAAUGUUCGAGGCUGUUAUGGUGGCGGGCUUCAUUUAACCGAGCACACACUAUACGACGAUUUAAUCUAUGAGAAUAUCAGCGAGUGAGAGUAAGACGUGGGAUCAGAGAGAACGAACUAGAAGGGAGAGAAAGGGGUGCACAAAUUGCUGAAAACGUUUUCUGUGUACGAGUGGAAGGGGCGAGAAAGAACGAGAGACAUAGAGGGAUUAAAAAGGGAAAAAGUAAAAAAGAAAAAAGGAAAAAAAAGAGGAGAAUGGAAUAAGAAUAUUUGUACAAGAGGACGCGCUAGUUCUCUGAAUGCACACGUGUAUUCGGGGAUGAAAAGAAGUACGUUAUGUCCGCGUAGAACACUUCUUUUUUGGGUAGCCGAAUACGACGAGCCGAAGAGUGCGUUAUCAUCACCGUCGUCCGAUUUUGCCACGCGACGAAACCGCGUUUCUCGUUCAGUUUUCUUCGUUUCCUUUUUAUCGUUCGCUUUUGUCGUGUCGCAAGCAAGCCUCUUUGCUUCUAAGCAGUCGAGAGACACAGACAAACAUACACAGAUGGGAACGAAGAGAGGAGAAGAUGGAGUUGUUAGAGGAUCGUCUCUCGUUACGUUUUUCUCAGAGUGCCAAAUAGCGGGAAGAAAGAUUGUGAGAGAAUGGAAGGGAAAUAGGAAAACAAGUAACUGCGAGUCUGUGAAUCUUUCCCAUAGAUGUUUUUCGGUUGUUCGAAACCCGAUUUUCUUAGCUUCCUCGCUUUUCAUCUGGUUAUCAAGGGUGUUGUACCCCUUUCAACAACUUUCGUUUAUAAGUCGCAGGAUAUUUGCUAAUUUUAAGCAAUUCUGAUAAAGUAAAUUUGGUGUAAAAUCUAAAUAGAAAAAAUAAUAUAAUUUAUAGCUUUCCGUGUAAAACACACGGACUACACACAUCGACAACGUAUCAACUUCAUCUUGUAAUGGAGGAUUUUUUUUUAGAAACAAGCCGCAGGUAAUCGUGGCGAAUUAAGUUUUGGAAACUUUAGUUCCAAUUUUUUAAAUGUUAGUCACGUUUGGAUCGGUAAUUAUAACGGUUCCUAAAGAAGAAUUUCUUUUUUGUAUUAUUCGAAACGAAUUAAAAUUUCAUAAUUCAGUAAUUUGAUUAGAAAAUACUCCGAAUGAUUUCGAAUCAAUCGAUGCUUUCUUAAUAAAUCCUAGACGAAUAAGAACAAAUUUUAGAUAGCAAGUUCAAGUAUCUUCUUUAUACAUUCGUUUGUAAAAAUAAAAUAUUUUUUCGUAAAUCUUUUGCCCGAAAGUUCUUCGUUCAUUUGCGUUUAUUCUGUGAUUUCAUCACGCAUUCUACGAAUAUAUCAAAUAUUCCGUGACUUAUAAGCACCGAUAUGCGCAUGUAAAAGCUACAUCGAAGCAUAGCCCAAACACAUAUAGAAAUUUCGUGCUCGAUUUUAGCAAUUAGAAAUAAUCUCGGAGCUGUGGUGGUUGAUAUAUUCGUUUUUAUUACUUCUUUGUUCAUACCCAGUGAUUCUAGACGUAUAACUAAAUAACAAAAUGCUACACGUGUGUGCGAUUCGUUCCUCGUUUCGGUUCAAACGCGAGAAGCUCGCGUCAUGCUCGCGUGUGCGACUAUUCUACGCGCACACGUUCUAGGAACUUUCUGUUCCUACGUGUUUCCCGCGCGCGUCUUUCGAGCGUGGAAGGCGCGAAACGAAAGAAAUAUGAAACUUCUCUUCGCGCCACGAAGCGCGCGAGCGCGCCUACUUUUUGUACUCCCUACCGUUUUCAAUUUUCGCUACGUGGUUCGCGUCGUUGAACACCAUAGGUGCCCUGCGAUACGUAUAUCGGGAGAUUCAUCGGCUCACUUUUAGUUCCUAUCGCGACUCGAUCGACGGAGGAACGAAGGAAACAGUGGUGGAAUUCCUCUUCGCGAGAAGCCUAUCGCAACGCAGUCCAUUCGAUCGAUCGUCGUCUUCGAGAUUUCAUCGAGAUCGCAGAAUCGACCGAAUUCUCUUUUCUCUUGGUUCAUGAUGAAUUUUUAAAAAUGUCGAACCGAGAAUCAUAGUAACGUAGGUCAAGAUUCCACCUUAUGCUUUUGUUUCUUUUUAUACUUACGAAACGAAUAAAAAGUUCUAUAGUAAUUCAAUUAUUUGACGAGAUAAUACACUCAGUACCUAUGUAUGGGUAUUGAAAACAAAAUGGUGAAAUGUGUAAGUUUGUCGAAAAUUAUUUGUGUUACUAUUUUUAAAUGUGUCAUUCCUUUAGUUUCGUAAUUAAUUCAAUCGAUAUUUUACAUCCUUAUGACGAUGUAGUUUCAUGACUCGAGAAACAUAUAAUGAACUUUUUACAACGAUAAACGCAGAACGUUGUUUUAUGAAAACUAGCAAAUGCAGUGAUACAGCAUUAUGAUUCUCAACUUUAGAUACGCAGAUCCAUAGGCGAAGAACAUAAUUAAAGUAAACUAACCUCGAUAUUCAACAAACUGAGUAACUCGCUAUCUAAUGAUAAAGUAGUAGUCGACACAACUAAUUGGCUUCGAUAUGUUAUCACGUGGAACUAAUUUAAAAGAAACGUAUUCUACCGCUUUUAUACGAUUCGUACGAAUUAUUGGAAGAAACAAACGCUACGAACUCACGUUCGAAAUAAUGUGAUUCGAUUCGUGAUCUAUCUCGUUCAAUUACACGCGAUCUCUGAAAGAAAAUCGGCAUCGAUCGAUCGGGGAAAGGACCGCGACAUUCAAGGCACCUGAUUCGAUUUGUAAAAAAGAUUUCGUCAGUUUCGACGCGUCGAUGUACCUAUAUCUAGAAUGUUUAAGGGAAGAAACUGCAUCGAGGAAUCGUAGCAAGCAAUUUGGAGAAAAUAUUCUACAACUUGCAGCAGGAGGAAGAACGAUAAAUGGAGAAAAGGAACGGACGGUAGUAAGAGCGCAAUUAGUUUCUCUAUGGUGCGUCGACGCAUAAUGACGCACUCGCUCUGUAGUUGCUUAAGGCUAAACAUUAAAGCUAGGCUAAACCUUUUUUAUUCCCCGAGUAAAAGUCGCUGUAACGAUUUUCUACUUUCGCACGAUGCUCGAUGACGCUCGUCGACGAACGGAGGGCGGUUUCAGGUAGGGAGGAAACGACGCACGUUCGCGACGAUCGCCUUCUCCUCGACUACACGAAACUACACGCAAUUUUUCUCCCGUUGACGAAUCUACCUCGAUCCACGCGACCCCGGGAGCAGAGAAUUCUUUGGUCGUGCCAGGAACUUGUUUCUUUCUCUCGCGGCUAGCCGAUGCAAUAAUCGUUGGAAGAUCGAGGAAAGAAAAUCCGGUUGCCUGCUGAUGAAGCGUUCUUUGCCGCAACGAUUCGAAUCUUCCCCCGCGAUCCGUUCGUACAGCGACGUCCAUCGAGCGAACAAUUUUCUAUGUCGGUGUUUUUAAAGAAAGAGUACGACAAGUGAAACAGAGAAACGUGUCCAUGAACACGGUCGAGACUAUUCGAAACGAAAGAUCAUCCACAAAGGUGUUUCAAAGUGUGGAGAAAGAAGAAACGUUUUUCGCUCGUGUUCACGGGUUUCUCUGAGUCUUGUCGAUUGUCGUAAUCGUGUCCGUGGAUUCUUCUAAUGAUAAUUAAUCGAAUAGCACAUCUAUAUGGCACGUUGAGGGGAUGGGAUUAAGGGUUGUAUGUGGUUGGGGAAUUAUACACAACAAAGGGGGGAGGGGGGGGCUAACAAUGAAGCAAACGCGAGAAAAGAAAUUCUUUUUGUGAAGGUCUCGAGGAUGGGAAUUAAAGGAGAGAGGUUAUGAAUGGUUGAACUAUGAAUAGAGUUUAGCAUAUAGUCAUUAUGAAGGGUAAGAGGUGAUGUAACGAAGGAGGAGAGGUUUUGAAAUCAUCGAUAAAUAUGUAAGUUUAUUGGAAAACGACGGUUUUCAGAUUCUAGUUAAGAGAACUUUCUUCGUUUCGCCCGUCGGCCGGCCAGCCGGUCGACGCCCAAAGAGAUAUCCUUGAAUUUCGUUGAAUAUUUUAGAGACUCGGCUCUAACUCGGUUAUCGCUCGACGCUCGAUGCCGCGAAUUCUUCUUCUCGAUCGUUUCAAACAGCGGAAUUAAGAAGAUCGUUGUAUCGUCUUUUAUCGAACAGAGAAACCGAAGAAGAACGAAUUUUCCGCGAGAAGGAAAAGAAGAGAAACGCGAAAGAAACGGAAGGCGAAGAGAAAUCGUAUUGUCGAGCGAUCGAGAAUCGUUCUAGUGAUAGGCUACUGUGUCGUAUUUGUGGAUGCUCGACAGAGGAAUGGAAGAAAGAAUGAUGGUGAGAAAGAAACGAGAAGAAAAAAGAAUUUUAUCCUGCAAUUUAUAUAUCGGUUGUUCUUCGAGACGUUCUUUUUCACGCGGACAUUCACGCGAUUUAAAAUAAUCUAAUAAGAAGAUGAAGUAUAUAUAUAUAUAUUAUAUAUGAAAAUAAAUAUGAAAUAUUAUAUAUGAAUUCUACGUUUAAGAAUCGGUUUUUUGUCUCUUAGUGUGUAAGGUUCUCUUUACAGCUGUGCUAGACAACUAUAGGUAUACAUAAACGAUGAUAUAUUAUAUAUACAUAAACGACAUUACACUACGGUAACAGAAUUCACGCAUAUUAAAUGUAUAAAGAAGCAGAAUAAACGCGGUACGAGGUCUGCGUGCGGGAAUCGCUCGUACGAGGCGCUCGUACGGCUCUCCUUAGGAAUAUAAAGAAAAAUAAACACGUCAUGUAUAUCUAUUUAGUGAUUAAACUACGUACAACGUUUCAUAUGGAAACGAGAGGUGGACGCGUGAAACGAUCGUGUGGCGAUUUACCAAAUACGUACGAUGAUCCUUCGUUUUUCUCUUCCUUUCUCUGUUUUUUAAUCUUCUCGGUGUACUUUCAAACGAGACGACAGGAAAAAUACGAAGUACGAGAGACAAUAAGAGUACCUCUGUAAUCGUCCAUGGUUCGGCUGAAGGAGAAUUAAUAAAAAAAGAAAAAGAAAUAAUAUACAAAUUCUAAAACAUGAAAUAAUAAACUAAGAAGUAGAUGAGAGAAACGAAAACAAUUGAAAGUUCUGAGAAAGAUGAAACGUCGCGAUAUUUAAUCGAAAUUAAAGAGAAUCACAUAGGGGAACAACGUGCGUUUUUCAUAGGAGAAAAUCGUCGCACGAUCUUUCACUGUAGUCGAUUUUUUUUACGUCUGUGACAUACACGCACUCACUCACACAUACACGCACACACGUGCAUACAUAGGUAUACUGGAACGAAUAUGCGCGCCGCGCGAAUCAACACGACACACCUAAUAUAUAUACAAGGACAGCAGAUAUACCAACGCAUAAAUACACGUACAUACACAUUUAUACAAAUGUACACAGGUGAUGUUCUUUCAGUAGUCGCAAUUAUAAAUCGCCGAGCCGCGUGGAUCGUGAUCAGAAACGCGUUCGAGCUUUUCUUACAGCGCCUCCUCGUUAACGUUUCAUCGAGCACACACCGGCUCGCUCGUUAGUCCAUUUUUAAUUUCAUUCCCCUUUCUGCCGACGCGACGUCGAGAGUCCUUCCGUGCGAUCACCUUUUUUUUUUUAAUCCGUCGAGAUAUUUUCGAUUCCUUGAAAUCUCUACGUUUCACACUCCCGUUCUCCGUUUAAACGGGCAACCAAUUAAUUGACGUUUCGUUGCAACUGUUAGUGGUCCGCGCGAAAGUCCUUUUAAUUUAAAAAUUUUAUUUUUUAACAUCGAUGGAUACGAGUUGCUUUUAAGUUAGGAAGGCGUAUUUUGCGAAGUCGUACGGAAGACACAAGGGGUAGAAAGGGGUGCACGCGAAAUGGUGAUAUUUUUUUGUGAUCGAUACAAGAAAUCGACGCCCUCCAGCGUCGAGUCGCGGUUAAAUAGAACGCUCGAUUUAUUGUACCGAACGAUUGGAAUAAAACAGUGAACGACCAUCCAUCGACACAUCUGUGAAUACUUUUUUCCAAUCGUUUAAAGAUCGUAGCCGUAUUGCUUUAGUUUUUUUCCGAGCAGAUUUCAUUUAAUUUUCGCUUCUGCAUAGAAUAAUAUGUAGGUCUACAACAAGAUAUACUACUCCUUUGAUUUAUUCCUCGACUCAUCGUACGACGUCCGUUUCCCCGGCGUUAAUGAUCGCUUGUAGUCGAGUACAAUUUAUCGCUAUCGCAUCGUAGGUUUCUUAGAGAUAUUUUUAAUUAGUUUCCAAUCACAGAGACGAACAAACGACGCGGCAGCUGUCGCGCGAAUUUCAAGCUCGUUCAGCAUCUCGAAUCUGUACGGUGAUUGAUUUUUCUUUACUUUGCCGCUCCGUUCGCGAACGACAGAUCGAUGAGUCCAUUGUGCAGAGAAUAACACGAUUCUCCUUUCUAUCUUAUUUUUUCUGGAGAUUUUCGUUUGGCGAUCCUGUUGUCCAUUGAGCCGAACGCGCCACGGCUCGAUCGUGAUUGUUCGACGUUUAGGUACCAUUUAACACGCGUUUCUAAAUUAGGUUCCAUCGACUAUGAACAUUCGUCUGACGUCUAGUUUUAGUCGCGAGAGUCGCGGGUACGUCUCUGAGGGUUUUUCUUCGAAAUUGAUCGAAGUAAGGCGGCGAGAUUCAUAAAAAAACUACGGAUACCUUAAUUACCUCAAGUUAUUAAUUAAAUUAUUAGAAUGCGCGUUGUGUAUCGUCCAUCGGGUUGUAAAAGAUGUUGGUCAAAGUUUGAUCGACGUGCCCGCGGGGUCGAGCGUUUUUCUCGUUUUCCAGCCCGGUUAUUUUCAGGCGCAAAGACGUGGAAAGAACGAGGGUAUGAAUGGGAGCAGAACGAAUGAGAGCGAAAGACGUUAGAGCGAUUCGAUGCACGACGAGAAUGCAGUGUGAGAGAGGAUUGAACAUUAAAUAGAGAGAUGAAGAGAAUAAAAGAAAACUGAAAAGAGGAGAAAAAAAAGAAGCAUUUAACCGAAUCGCGCCACUUGUCUAUCGACAGAACGCGACCUUAUCGAAAGACGUACAAAGUGAGAAAGAUGGAGAGGAAAAAAAGAUAAUAUUAACGCGAACGUGGAACCGGAAGGGCGUCGUUCCAUGAUCCGGGGAAAACGAAUCGAGACGAGAAAGACAAGCAAGGAAGACGCGAUUGGUUAUACAUAAUCCUCCCCCUGUGGAAAAAAUCCUUUCGGUUUCGCGUGUGUCGAGCCCCGAUUAAGUUUGACAGAUUAUAAAUCUCACUCCCUCCCUUUUUGCAAACGCUGAUUCAGAGGCCACUGUUUUUUCCACGCCCAACACGAUGAUGAAAAGAGAACGAUGAGCGAGAGUGAAAGAAAGAAAGAGAGAGAGAGAGAGAGCGAGAGAAAGAGAGAGAGAGAAAGAGAGCGCGCGUAUUAGGGAAAAUGAAGAUAAAAAAAGAUUGAUUAUGCCAUGGAGAUCUCCUGUAAUUGAUGCGUGUAAUUUAAAAUGUACAUUGCCCAAAAAUAUGGUGUUGUUAUAAUACUGAAACGUGUUACGGACGACGAAGAAAUUUUAUCGAGUGCGCUACUGGAGAGCGAUUUUGUUUUUUCUCGCGGACGGCGUUUAUGUUGACCCUGUUCUUCGCGCCUUGUCUCUCGACGCGAUUAUAAUAAUCCUACCGUUGAUCCUUACAAAAAAAAAAAAGAAAAUUAAAAAAAGAGAAAAAAAGCGAGAAAGAAAGAAAGUUUAUUAUUAGGAAAAGUAGAAAGAAGAGAGGAUUAAAAAAAAAAAAGAAUGUGGGAAGACAGAGAGGAGAAAUCGAAAGAUGAAAAGAGGAAGAUUUUUUUACUUCUCGAGAGAUUACACGACGUACCUACUUGAAACAACCCACACACCCCCUCUUUCGUCCAGUGACGGACGUGUCCCAGCGAAAAGAAUUCUUUGGCGCGUUUUUUAGAGAAAGAUUUUUAUAUCGAGAGGUUGAUCGGGAGGCAAGGCCGACGAUCGCCGACCACGCAAAUAAUACACACACCGGCUGUCUUUCACACUCUAAGAAAGAACCGGGCUCCCAGCGAAUCGAGCGGGAUCUACGAUUUUUCACGGUGAACUGACGGAAUAUGUCAUACGGUGGUGGAAGCGUGUAUAUCGGGUGCCAAAUCACGUUGAACGGGUUGCUGUUGGAAAUAUCAAUUUUCGAAGCAUUUGCGAACAACUUCUUGAACCUACAGUCCAAAUUUGCUCAACCACAAAAAGGAAAUACGUAUAUCGAGCAUUGUCUUCUUUGGCCCUGUAACGAAUAUAUAUAUAUAUAUCGUGAAGGUAAUUUCUCAAGAAGCUGGUGUUUCCCCUCUGUAGACGAAUCUCGGAAGGAGCUCGGAAAGACCUGAAAGUUCACUAAUCCUGGGAGCCCGGCCAUUAUCGAGUCGAUUGGAGAUAGGUUGGCUAAGGUACAAAUGUACAUAGGAACAUAAUGUUGUUAUUUAACCUAUAACACCUGCUUCUCGUUUGCUUCCUCUUGUUUUAAAAUUAAAAGAAAAGAAAAAGAGAUCAUAUAAACUAUAACUUUGAAAAAAUGAUCAAAGGUAUCGACAUAUUGUACAAUAUACCUUUUACAUGAAGAGAACGAAAUAAAAUAAAAAUAAAGGAAAUAAUUAAAAAGCUUAAAAAUUCAGAGGACAGAGGUUUCGACAUUUCGCGGUUUCUUCUAAGAACGAGAUGGAGCAAACGAAUGAAAACGCAAAACAGAAAAAAGAGAGACAGAAAGAGAGAGAGAGAGAGAAAGGUGGAUAUGCAAAUCGAUAUAGCGGAUGGAGGAUCGAUGAGUUAAUCGACGUGUAGCUGGAUAGACAAUUGGUUCACGGCUCUUCGCGUUUCACCUUCGUUCUGUUCGUUCGAAUCGUCGUUGGUCCUCCCAGUUUCCAUUUAUUCCCUUUCACCCGUGUUUUCGUUUCGUUUCAGCUACCGCGCGCGGAUGGCCCGGUUUUUACGAGCCGUGAUCCAAUAGAUCGCAAGGAGAGAGCAAGAGAGUGAAUGAGUCUCGUUAUGGUGGGAAUGAAAGCAACGAAAAAUUCCAUAGAGAAGAGAGAACGAAAGAACACAGAAAAUACAUAUACACGUACAGAUACAUAAACUCGUACACGGCUUCUAUUACUCGUCGCGAACGACGGUUCAAUUUUCGCUUCGUUUUCGUUUUCCAUUCUCUGCGUUAUGGCGUCUUCAUCUAGAUUCUCUCGAUUCAGGACUAGUGACUGGCGUUCAAUUUUUACCCUCGUGCCACCGUUCCGCGCUAAUGUCCCCCUCGAGUGUCUUCUGGAAGCUCGAUGUAUUUAAAAAGGGAGAAAAUCUUCGAAUACAAACUCUUCCAUCGAGAAUGAGAUUUCUUUGAAAUCCACGACUCCAAGAGUCUACAACGGUUCUUGUAUUCUAUUACACGGAUACAACGACGCAAGGAUGUUCUCGCUUUUUUUUUGAUAGUUUGCUUUUCACCAAUGGACACUCGAGGAACGAGACGAAGGUGCGGAAAAUCACGAGCAAGAAAGAUGAAGAGAUAUUUGGAUGAAGCAAGAUAAUGGAUACGCGCAUGCAACGAUCGUAAUUAAGCUUUCACAGUGGAGACGCGUAAUUAAUCGUUAGUUGGUAGGCCGCCCCGAAGUAUCGAAACCCGUUUACAGGCAAUUUCCUCAAGGGGUAAACCAAUGUGUCUGAAUGGCGUGUGGAUGUGCUAUAAUCACCUACUACUCCCUUCCCCUACGUACAUUUAAUCGCGUUUUAAUCUGUGUGUGUAUACAUAUAGUCUUACGUAUAUACAUGUAUGUAAUCGUGUGUAUCACUAAUUCCCUUGUUAGUAAUACUUUCUUCUGCCGUGUCUCUAAGUAUAGUUCUCUCGGCAGAGUUCUUCGCACCAACGUAGAGAAAUACUCUGAAAAUUCUGUCCUCAAUCAUGAGCGAUGUUUUCGAUGAUAAUUCGUGAUUUGUUCUUAAUCGUAGAACCGUAGAAUCGCAAUAAAGUAGCAGAGUCGAGGCGGAGAGAAUAAAUAUCGAAGAGAACAUCGCUUUUUCUUCAAAUCGGCAAUUGAAGAUUUUAAGCGUGAAGCUGACACGAGCGACAAUUUUCAGAGUAACACGAAGCACCAAGCGUAAGCUUGCACGUGUGUAUUUGUAAUACGGUUUUUCCAGCGUAUACGUCACGACACCUUGCGUGUGUAAGACUGCGACAUACAUUUUGCACUCGGUUGUAAGAAGAAGAGAGAGAAAGAGAGGCGACAGUGCGGAAAUAUCACCGUGGAAUAUCGACACCAAUUCAGCGACGUGUAUUUUUUGUUUCCUUUCAGUCGUUCCGUUUUUAUGCGCGCGGAUAGUCGCGUGGAUCCGAAGAGCGAGCUCGUUUCAUAGGAUACUCGGCGUUUUUCUAUCGGUCAUUGAGGAAAGUCAUUUAAAAGAAUACGACGAUGGACAGAAAAAAAGAGAGAAGCGAGAGAGCGGAGAGUCUUCCGCGUGAAAACGAUAAGCAAUCUCCUUUUUUUAUAUCGGUGAGAAAAAAUUGUAAUAAUUACCAUAAUCUACGUGUCGUGUUUAGGAUAGUCUUUUUUAUACGUAUUUCGAAACGAAACAAGAAUCGUCGAAUCGAAUAAUCGAUAAAUAACAUCACGUGUGAUCGAGGAUCUCGUAACGAUUUUUGGUUAGAGUGAAUCGUAAUUCGAAGUUGGGGCAUUUUUAUUCGGCUGUGUUUAUUAUGCGGGGGGUUAAGAAAAGGAAAUUCUGAGAGAAAAGUAAAAAAGAAAAAAAAAAUGAAACGAAAAAACUUCGCGUAGUAUUCGGAUAAGGCUUUCGAAAUUUAGAUGAAUAAUUUUUGUACCCUAUUUUUUUAAGCGAUCGCCGAGGCGAUCAGGAAACGAGAUCGGGCAAAAAGGGUCGUACGUUCUUUAAAACGCGCUAGGAUUUAUAGCUCGUGUUAAGUUUAGUUUAAGCGUAUAACCGCGUCGCGUAACAUAAAUUAGUAGCUGUUGACAAGAGGAGAAAGAAAAAGAUACGAAUGAAAGGAAGAUUGGAAACUUGACAAGGAGGGAGGAAAAAAGAUAAACAUCUUCUUAAAAAGAAGUUAAAAGACACGCCACAGGAAAUAAGAAGAAGAAGACGAGAAAGAUGCUUUCGAGAUCUUUUGAGAAAAACUUUGAUCGAGGUGUUCGCCUCUGUUUAGUCCUUUCACAAGUGCGAUCGAACUUUUCAAUUCGUCCGCGUGAGGAGGAGGAGGUUCCCUUUGAAACGGAAAAGGGAGGCGAAGAGGAGAAACGACCAUCGAAUUCGCGUAUUUCUUCAAGAAAUUAGAAACAGUUAACACGCUUAUGCUCCUCGAGUCGAAUAACUCACCGAAUUCAUUCUGAAAUUGAACGAAGCAUAAUACGAAAACAAGCACAAUGCGUAUUUAGUGGCAAGAAAAAGAGAGAGAAAGAGAGAGUGAGGGAGAAAGAAGAAUGAAGUUGAACGAAUUCUGUGGAAAAACGAGUACCAAUCGCGAAGCCCGCGUUUUCUUCUAGUUGUAUAAUUCUUCUAACGCGUGUUUAGCUUGUACUAAUUAAUUCGUUAAUUAAUGUCGAUUGUAAAGUAACGGGAAGGCCGGAAGGAGGGGAGUGACCGAUCGGAGGGCAUAUAGAAAGGAAUGGAAAAACGGAUCUAAAAUCAGGAAAAAGGAAGUAUGGCGAAAGAGGAAAAAAUGUUAAAAAAAAACGAGUAAUAAGGAAUCAUAGUAAAACACAAGCAUUCGUGUGCAUUGCGAAAGCAACAAAAUAAUCAAUGCUGGUAGUGCGGACCAAACGGGACAACUGACAGAGGGUGCUUCAAAGCAAGGAUAACGAAGAGGAAAGAAAGUGAAGGAGAAAAGGGAUAAAAUGGGACGAAGACUUGUCGAGGCAUGGGAAAUUGAGGAAAUUGAGAAGAGGAGGGAAAGAAAGAGAGAUGCGAGAUUCGUAAAAUUGCCGCUCCAUCGGAAAUCAAUCAUUCGUAGUGGUUAAAAAAAGAAAACAUUUUUUCACGAAGCGUGUGUUUCUCUCGAGCAAUUUUCACGAAAAUAUUCUAACGAGUCGUUUCAAUUUAAUCCUGUUGCCUCUACUGUCCUCUUUCUUUCGUCGCUAAACUUUUUUAUGCUAUCGACAUAUUCAAGUAUCGAGUGAGGAUUUCGAUUUUUAAACGAGGUGAAAUGACUGGAGAGAAAAAGACGCUUCGGAGAUCCAUGAUUGGCUACGUGGUAUUCGAAAGCGAUACACCAUUCUUAACGUUUAAGGCUUGUACGAAAUUCUUCUAUCGGACUCAGUGCGUUUGUCUGUCAGGGUAAGCUCGCUGUCUCGUUGACGGGAAUAUUUCUGUAUCGAUGUACGUGAAAUGUAUAAGGAAGAGUGCGGUCAUGCGUCGUACGAAACUUCUACCUCGAGAGAUUAGGAUGUCUCGCGUAUUAAGAUCUUUCUGGUAUUCGUCGUUUCUUUUAAACGUUUGUUAUUUUUAAUUUUUUUGUUAAAUUCAAUCGUCAGACUCUUUGGAAUAGAUCGCUUUUUAUUUAUAAUGUGCUUAAGACGGUGAUAAACGAUGAAGCAGUGCCGAAAGAAUCUAUCGCGGUUUGUUUCUUUCUUUUACUUUCUCGUUAAGGAGAAGAAUGGAAUAAAGAACGUUAACAGUUUCUAGUAUUCAUAAACGAGAAAUUUGAUCGAAUUGUUGGUUUAAAUACGAUAAAUGGUCGGAUAUAUAAGAAAGAAAGAUGAAAUUUACGCGAGAUUUUCCCAAGGAAAUCUUCAACGAAGGAAGAAGCAAUCGUAACGACGUUUCGAUCGAUUAUCCAUCGAACUAACGCGCGUUCGAUAUAUAAUGCAAUAUAUACAUGCAGUUAAUUGUAUUAAGACAUACGUAACUAUAAUCGCUAUUUGCUGUUUCGAUCGUAGAGGUUAGACGAGAUAUCCCACCUCCUUGCAUCGCACGCGCAACCUUCGCGAAGAUGAUAAUCCUUUCUCGAGGAGGAAGAGAAAAGCCCAGGCGCUUCUAAGCGGCGAGACUCGUGUAUACAUAACUCGUAGGUUACCCUUUGCUCGUAGUAAUUAAAUACUCGAUCGAAGCUAUUCCCCAUUUCUUCGUGUAGCUUGCGAAUAGCUGAAAAACGUCGGCGCGUUCACGUCGCGAUAAAUCAAUCAGCGAUGAAAAGAGAAAGAAAGAUCCUGUAAAUCGUCCGAUCGAUCGUUGCUUGGAAUUAAAGAACGAGUCGAAGCGAUUUAAUCGAGCGGAAAGAUUUUAUUCUUGAAAGGAGCAGUGAAAGACGAGAACGACUUGAAUGCGCCGCCGUGGUGAUCAGCGAUCUCGAAUGAGUGGUGAAUGAGUGUGAAAAACGAAAGGAUCUUAACCCAUCGGUGAAUUUGCAGCCCGCCAAGAAUAAAAUACAAAGGGGAAAAAUGGUAUACACUGGCUCACGAAAGUCUUUGAUCAUUCAUCGCAAAACCUUUUACGUCUAUAUUGCGUGUGUUAUACACAACAUUUUAAAAUUUCAUUGCUAUUGUUGCGACGAUAUUGGCAAAGUUCGAGACCAAUUUGAACAAUGUAUAUAGAAAUUACGAGAUAUUUAUUACAAACGUAUGUUUCGUGGAAAAUUAGUAUUCGAAUUCUUUCGUGUACCUGUGUAUAUGUAGAAAGCUCCGUUGACGAAAUCGUAUUCCGGAAGCCCUUGUCCGAACGAAUUCUCGUUGGCCAACAGACCAACGCUAUAGCUUUCCUUUCCGUUCCACCGCGUUCUACACCUUUUUUUCGACACGGAAGAAUAAAGAGGGAGAAAGAGAGGAGAAAGAAAAGAUAUAGAGACGAUGGCGAGCGAAAGAGUGAAGGGAAACGAAAUCCGAUGCCGGUUGGUCGCCGACCACGAGGAGAAACAUCGACUCGAGCCACUUUGUGUAAAACGCUCCCUCUGGUUCAAGAGUGACGAUCAUUGCAUUACAAAUGAAGAACGCCGGAGAAAGAGACACGAGUCGCAAGGACGGAAGCUGUGAGCCGGAAAACAGAAGGGACAUAUAACGUUAUUUUGAAUCGUUGCUUCGAGGAGCAUUCGUCCAUCCUUCCUCGACACUAUUUAAUUUAAUUGGCAGACGUCUCGAGUGCUGUGCAAAUGGAGGAAAAAAGAGAAAUAAAAGAGAAAAGGAAGAGCCUGGACUCGCGAGCAGAGGGAACAAAGACUAGCUGUUUUCCUUUUUAUCGCGAAGAACGGAAACGGAGAAGCGAAAAAAGGGAUUCGUCCGUUUAUACGGCAGGACAAUGAAUAAAAGAAUAUGCUGGUCCGCGAUUGUGAGCUUUAAUUGAACGCCACGUUCUUGCAAUGAUGGUCCUCGUACUUCGUGGUCGGCUGUGGCAAUGGAGGAGCGUUUCGUUUGGUCGACCUGGCUGUCUCCCGCUCAAUGAAUUCGCAGCUAAUUUACCGAUAUUCGAGCGGUUUGAAGUGGAUAUCGACGAGUUGAAAAAUCUGGUAGAGCUACCGCGUCGAUCGAUAAUCGUUUAUCGAUGAGAGGAUUCACAGUGAAAAUUGCUCGGAAUUCGAUGGCGAGAGACAAAGUCCGAGGUCUUCUCUAUACCUCCCCUAUGAGAGUACAAAUUUUUCUAACAAAAAUAAUUAUAUUCGAGCGACGAAUGGAAUAUUGACGCAAGGAAGCAGCAACAAGGAAGAUGACGCGAGACAGAAGAGAAACGAGUGACCGUCAGAUUGAUCGUAGAUUAGUAUAAAUGAGAAUUUGCGUGUGUGAGUUUACAAGAAAGGGCGGAGGAAAUCGGUAUGCUUGCUCGAGUGAAAAAUAAUACGGUGUGAGAGAGCGAAAGAAACGUGAGAAUGCGUAACGAGAAAAGGAAAAAGUAAUGUUAAGAGGAAGAGAGUAAACGUUUAACGAUGUUUUCCCCUGGUGGUAUGAGUAUAUUACGACGAUCUAAAAUUAACAAAUGAUCUAUUAUAUUAUAUGGUGUAUGUACCGUAUACUUAUCUAGAGUUAGGUCUCAUUUCAAACGUGUUACGUAUUAAACGAGGUACGAUACGUAUAACAUAUAUUAUUGUAUACACUUAACGAGCAUACGCAUACCUGUACGUUAACGAUCUAGACUGCCAUUAGCACUUAAGGCGCGGCUUCGCCCGAUUUAUCUCGAUUUAACCCGAAUUCUCUCAGGUAUGGCGUCCCAGGGAUUGCUCGUUACGCGCGCCAUGGGAACCGAAUUUCUUCCAACUUGCAUACGGCGAUCUAUUCGAAACCAAAGACUGCAAAAUGAUCCAAAAUAUCAGAAAUUGUUCGACCUAUAACGUUUUAUCGAAACCGAUGUAUCAAACCGCGAGGACAUUAGAAUACUGAGAAAUUGGGAUUUCCCUCACACAAUUCAAACUUGAAGAAGAAUCCCACGACGAUGUCCCGAGGCGAAGUAAAAAGUCUAGCGACGAUGCUCUCGAAAAAGCGAGCAGAGAGGUCAAGCGGCUGGAAAUAUCGAAAACUUGAACCCAACUCGAAGGUUUCCAGGGCCAACGUAAUUCUCAAUCCCUGCGACGUACGAAGCAAGUUUCGAACGUCUUCGUCCCCCACGGUUUGGGAAACGAAAAAAAGAAAGAUAGAAAGCUUUCUAAAAGAAAAAACAGGCAACACAACCACGGGGGAAGAGAUACGAUGGUAGCCGGUUUCGCGAAAUUCUCUCGAAACGAUCUACCAGGCUAGUGUCUUAAGUGAGAUUGGUACAUGGUAAUGUCGCCGCGGAUAGAAGGAAGGACAGUGUGCAUCGAAACGACAGGAUAGUCUAUAGUCGUGUGUAUAGGAAAAGCAAGCUUCGAGGAUGACGAACUCGAUAAUCGUAGCUAGAAUUCGGUGUGUCUAUUUGCAUGCAGCUCCGCUCCGUAGAGAUAUAAAAACACGAACGUUUCCGAUUUUUAAUCUUGCUCUAUCUAUUCGGAGAAGAACGCUCUGUUCUCUAUAUGUGAGUGUUUUUCUAUAGGUGUGUCUCCUUUUCGCCUGCUCGGGGCGUAUUAUUCUCACGAGAGUCUGUAAAUAGUUCUUAAUUACACACGUAAUCGUACGAACUUUAACAAUAUACGAUUAAUCAACAAGCAAACAACACAUAUACACGUAAAUUCAUGCACCAGUUGUUUAUAUACGCAUCAGUCAACGCCUACUUUACUGACCGACAAUUUUUAACCAAUUGCGAUUCCCUUUUCACACCGAUAUACAGUUGCAGAAUCACGAGUAACCCCUGCGACUUGCUCGGUCGUAUUUUCUACCAAUUUAGCAAUAAAACGAAUGGAAACAAAAGAAACAAACGUGGACAUGUAGUUUGUCUUUCGAGAAAAUUCUCGCUGUAUCGAGGAAGCAGAGCGAUAAGCUGUCUGGCCUGAUCAAACUCCGAAAACGCAAAAUUUUUCGUAUAAUUGUCUUCGUUGAAGCAGCAAGAUAGUCGACGAUGUGAAUGUGUACUCUUGCUGCAUUUUAUUUCGACGAAAUCGCGGCUCUUGGUUGAAUAAAAUGAGAAACACGAAGGAUGCUUUGAUCACAAUGUGGCAAAUAAACUCUAACCUCGUGAGCGGGCACGAAGACUCGAGGGACAGCUUGCGGUGGUCCACGCUCCCAACUGCCGACCAAUAAGACUCGAGAAACAUAAUUGUUCCAGCCUUCGAUUUUUAUGACGCAUUUCGCCGCGUUUUUUCGACGCGCUUUUUAUAUCUCCGAUUUAUCAGACUGAUCUUUAGUAGAUGAACUAAAUAAUCGUAGAAAAAUAUGUCGAAGGGCAGGUCGUUUGGAUCAAGAAUCGUGUGGAAGUAAAAUUACAGAAUUCUAAUAAUACUUCGUAAUUUUAUAUAACGAUGAAAAUAUGCUUGCUCGACUGACGAUGUAUUUAUUAAUUAAAGAGAAACAAAAUUACGACGAAGGAAAUUGACGAAUUGCGGCGAACAACGUUGGCCCGACCACUCCAUAUCCGAACGUUCAAGAAUUCCUUGAUAGUUCGAAUAUCCGUAAGAAUUUACUCGAGAGUCGGGCAGACGGUCGACGUCGCGGGUAAAGAGACUACGUAUACACUCGUAUAUGAAAUAUAUUUUUGAUAAAAAUCUAUUCAAAAGUGCUCUAAAAAACAACCAAAAAAAAGGGAGGGAGAAGAAAAGAAUAGAAUAACAAAGGAGAAUUUCGAUGGUAGAAGAUAGGAACGGUAGAAGUAGAAGCGUAGUGGUAGAAAAUAUGGCAGAAAUAGAUAUAAUUAGCAUUAGGAGUCGCGUCGUCUGUCGAGCAUAAUAUCCCGAAGAGGGAAAUUUGUGAAAUUUUCUAUACAAAGAAAUUGGAACUUCGAUUGGAACACUUUGCGCGCAACGUUCUUGAUCGACGAUCACUUCGUGUAAAUCCAGUUCGAUAUAUAUUCUGUCUAAAAAGUCGACUGAGCUUUCGAUAAAGGGAAUAUUCAGGUAUUAACUUUACUACACGUGGUAUCCACGUUGGCAAUUUUUCGGAAAAGCACCGGUACACAACGCUAAAACCAGCAGAUAGAAACUUCUUUAGGCUCGAGAUCUUGGAAAAAUUUUCAACGUGUUUUUUCUUUUGUUUGCUCCUGGUAUCGAUCUCAUUGAGAGUUCAGGUAGCAGCACUAAUGGAACUUCCGCUUUGAAUCCUAUUCAGAUACAUAUUUUCUAGAUAAACACUUAAGAUAGACAACUUCCACGAAUAAUGGAAUUUGCAACGAAUCCUAUUUAUCUAUAUUCAGCAAUAUUUAUCCUUAUUACAGUCCAAUUACCCCUUUUACCUCGAUACAGAGGAAUUUAUAACAAACGAUUUUACCACAACAUUCUUUGAUACUGAUAUUAAUCGCAUCGUAAUUUCAACUUAUUCGGAAUUGAAUUUCUCAGAAGAUAAACUGAUUGACUACACCUUUAAUAAAUUCAUCAACUUUAUCAAGUGCUACUUUAAAAAAAGAGAGAAAAAAAGCAACACUGUACUAUCUUUCAUUAUUUUACUUGAUACAACAGAGUAAAUUCUAAAAUAAUUUUUAAAAAGUAUUUGCGACGUAAAAGUCCACGAACUCUUAUGAUGUUGGUCGAUCAGUAUAGCUUCUGAAUGACUCGAUUAACGAAAUGUUUCACUAAAUAAUUAGCAAUUAAAACACACCGGAGGGUGUCGUAAAAUCAUCUUUACCGAUCUCGACAGCUUCAUAGUAGUUGCAAAUGGUCAUAGUCUGUCAAUGUUUCGAUCAAUUCACUAUCGACAAUUGUGAGAAUGCUCUGUUCUCAUUCACCGCGAAUAUUCGACGGUUAUCGCACAACAUCCGGAUAACAGUGAUCGUUAUCCUGCCUGUGAAACACGUACUUUCAUUUUCACAGCGAUGAACAUCCGUCGAUUGCGGUGAAGACGAGAAAAAGAAAUAGCAAAGAAAAGCGUGAAAUAAAAGGAGAGCAAAACAAAGCGGUAUAUGUUAGAAAGAGAGAAAACUAUUAUGUAGCGUACACAGUGAAAAACGUACACACCAUGCAUAACCGGCGACGGUUUCCGGGGCGCUUCGAGAGCCUCGGCCGUCUCUCUCAGCCGAGACACAACCCUAUUAUUAUCAUUCUAUCGUUAGAGUAUAAGAGUUGAUAUUUAAGAAUUCGUAUUGUAAUAAUUGUAUGCGAACUAUAUUUGUUUGGUUGGCUUGAGGGCGAGAGUCUAACUCGGGUGUUAUUAGAUACUACGCUGUACCUUUAGCUGGCGGGCGAUCGGUGACCGGUUACUAGAUAUUUCGAACUUUUACUAUCUUUGGAAGAAAAACGAUGAUUUUCCAUCUCGCGAAACAACAACAAACAACGAUUUCUGCAUUACUUGUAUUUUAAAAGGAUUUCCAUCUUUUUUUGUAAAUUUUAUAAAUUUUGUAAAGAAAUUUGCAGCUUAUUUGAUUUAAAUUUUGAUUCGAACAAAAAAUGAUUUCUAUGUUACUUUGAGGGUGGAAAUAAACACUUUGCAUAAGGGAAAUUAUGCUCAAGAAACAGUAGUUUCUAUCGUCUACGUAUGUACAUUUAUAUCAGUGUAUUAAUAUAUACUUAUACUUUAUAAUAUUUUCAAGUGUGAUAUCUUCUCAGAAAGAAUCGUCCAAGUGACUACUUGAAAAAGCAAAAUUACGAGAAAACCUUCGAGCCGCACUGCAUAUUUGUUUGCUUGGUUGUACAACGUUUGAUUUCUUUCGAAGAAUAGAACAUACAGAAAUAUGUUCGAAUACAAAAUUCAUGCUUAAUAAUUGUAUGCAUCGGUUACGUUAACCAAAAAAUUUGUUAUUUCGGAUGCAAAAGAUUAAACUUUAAAUAAAGAAAUUUUACAUUUACAGAGAAAUUAUGUUCAACUAACCUUGUGUAAUUAACAAAUAUCGCGAGACCAAUCGUCGUAUCAGGGACGAUUAAGAUCUUCGUCUAUGAAGCGUGUAAAGCUCAGCUGGUGUAACGGAAUAUGGCGUGAAAUAUCGAUGACGAGUAUCGAAUCGUAGCUGGAAACUUGUAAAGGGGACGAACGUGCUCUCGACGUGACGCGAAAAAAGGGUUCUCGAGAGGAAUUGCUUCGUCGAUAGUGCAUUCUCGACGCUGGGCGUUGGAAUCGUUCGCGAAGAAUUCGCUCGCGAUUAAAGAAACGGGAAAGGGUCGUGUAAAACCGAGGGAUUAAGAAAGCAACAGCCACGGUCGAACACGAUUCACAUUACUGAAAACCGUCGAGGAUACGUUCUCUCCAACAGGAAGAGGGCGAACGGGUUGAUCUACAGCGGUUGAAUAUCGUGGGUCGUCGAGUGAGAAUGAAAAGAAAAGAGAAAAGAUUGUAUGAAAGAAAAAGGAAACGAAUCAAACCGGUGCGCCCGCCAGCGAUUUCGAGGGGGAAGAUAGACGCACGAAGAAGCGGAAAGUAACGAAGGAUGAUUUACGGUUGAAAAAGAUAUAUUAUCGAUAAACUGUGUCGAUCGAGAGGUAGUGCUUAACACGUGUUAGGGUCGUUUCUUCGAGAAAGAGAGGAAGAGUAAACCGGGAGAGAAUCGUUUAAAAUGACAAAAAUAUACAAAAUAGAAUAAAAGAAGAGAAGUAACGUGAGAAUGUGAGGGAGGGAGCGGGGUGCGGAGGAGAUUACAAAUUCGAGAAUAAAAAGUGUCGUGAGGAACUUAAGCGUAUCGGGGACGUACAAAAUAAAAUAUAAGCGAAGGCCUAUUGGAUGCGUUGAAUGGUUGGAACGUGCAGUAACGGCGGGGAGAGAGGUUUCUCGAAGAAACGACUCGCCUUUAGUCUUUUAAUAUUUUACUCGAGGACGUUGCCGACGGUUAGACUGGCCAUUGACCCGAAUUUUCAGGGAUAGAUCGAGGGUCAAGGUCACCAGAGAGAGAGAGAGAGAGAGAGAAAGUGAGAGAGAGAGAGAGAGAGAGAGAGAGAAAGUGAGAGAGAGAGAGAGAGGAAAGGAACCUCCCUUAACUUUUAAUACCGUCGUCAUCGUCACGCUAAAUACGAGUUCGCGUUAAUUAAUCGAUGCUCUUAAACAGAGCGGAGGACACGGUCAAUAUGGUCCUGGCAGUUUUAUUUUCGGGCUUACGCGUUGUUCGUCUCGCGUUUCAUCCCCUUCGUGGUUCGAUCGAACAUUGGGAUAUUGCUUUUCCUUUCUUCUUUCCCUUCCAACCUUUUCGUAUUCUUUUCUUCUCCCCUCUCCUGUCUGUCCUUAUAUUAUUAUUAUUAUUUCUCUCCUUCUAACGUAUGCGUACAUUGUAUUUUCGAUCGACGAGUCACGAAGGGGUGGAAACCAGCGAGAGGGACGUCGACGAAGUACGCUCUAAACGAGUGCGUUCGUAAGCAUUAAGACAAAACGCAUCGCGGAAUUACGCCGCGCGCGCGCCUAGGUUUAAUGGAAAUAAGUAAACGGAAAGCAAAAUGUCGAAGGAAUAAGAAACGUGAGAGUGAGAGAGUAUUAUGAGGGAUGCGCGAGAGGAGAGAAGCGAGAAAUAUUAAAGCGAUGAGAUUAUGGGUUAUGCGAGACGCGAAGAGAACAGAAUAAAAGGAAAUUAUCGCGAAACGGCAAUUUAUUAGAAAAAGAAACAAAGCGUUUUAGAAAGAAAAGGAGAAGACAGAAGCACACAUAAAAUAAAAUAAAAAAAAAAAAAAAAA